CAGUGUUUGGCGAGACUUGCUGGUGAAAGGAUGUGUGUCGGUUGUGCGCUUCACGUAGUGGCUGUGUGAUACAUAUGCAGUUUUCGUACUCGAUUACCAUGAAAGGUGCUCGUGUCAUUUAGUAUAAUGUAAACAGGAAAAUGGCAGUGUCUGAGAAGUUUUUUGAUCAACUCCGACAAGUGUUUGAGGUUUGCGAUGUCGAACAACGUGGUACAAUCAGUCUUCGUCAUUUGUUGCACUUGGCGGGAGAGCACUUCGGCUCAUCGCAAAAUAGCGUGACAUCGGCCGUGGCAAGUCUUGGGGUCAGCGAAGAUGCCAUUACCUUCCCCCAGUUCUGUGAAGUCGUGGCGACCAUCCUCACCCAGGGCGGAAUGGGUGAAGAUGGUGGUGGCGCUGGAGAAGACACCAUGGAUGGCGUAACCUCAUCUAGAAUGACGGUCUGUACAACUGACGGCGGCGAUCUCCUCCUGUCCGAACUAGAAGCGAGCGGAGGCGUCGGUAGCGGAGGAGGAGGUGUAAUUGUCGAUGUGGAUGAGGUGAGGAUGCCUGGCGACGAUCGCGGCUCCCCUUCUUCCCUGACCGACCUCGACUCUGCCUUCGGAGCCUCGACAGCCUCGCCGGACUCCACCAGGAAGACUCACAGUGGUUGUUCGAGUAUGAGUGACCGAGAUGAAGAAGUCUUUGCCUGUAAUGGAGAAGCUGAUGAUAUAGAUUGUGACUCCGACACUGCUCACAUGGGUGAUGAACUUGAUGACUCCAUGAGAGGUCCGCCUCACUCUCUCCCUCCAAGUAAUUUUAGUCGUAGGAAUUCAUGGGUUCGCAGGUCAUUAAGAGGAUCGUCCAGUAGCACACAGGAGAAAAUCGUGGCCCCUCGUCGCUGGGGUUCAUUCCGACACGCCCCUAAGCGGGUGGGCGGUACAGCGGUGGCGUCGCAACUGUACCGGACGUCUUCGUUCUCCUCAGGCCGUUCUUCUGCCGCCGACCAAGAAGAUAUGUACUCUGACGCAUCACUUGAGGACGAUGUGCUCGACCUCAAUCACAAGGUACAAAUGUUGCAGCAGCAAGUUGGUGUCUUGGCGGAAAAUCAGGUUAACUCUGACGACAGAUUUUCGAGAGUCAAGCAAGACAACGCAGCAUAUCAGGCCAGAGUGGUGAUGUUAGAGGAACAACUUCGUGAAACUGAAUUACGCAGCGAGGAAAGACAGGCUGAAGAACAGCGGAGGAGUCGAGAGCUCAUUAAUCGAAUUGAGCGAGAAAAACAAUUGACCAUAGAAAAUUAUACCAUAAAAUUAGCGAGUAUGGAAAAGGAAAAAAAAUCUGUUGAGGAAGAAGGAAUUCGCCUUAAAUCGCAAUUAGAAAAGUUACAAAAAGAAAAAGAGUCUCUAGAAGACAGAGUUUCUGAAGCUGAGUUUUCAGCAUCUGCGCUGCAUCAAGAGAAUUCCAAGUUGGCUGAACUCUCCAGAAGAGAGAAAGAAGAGAUCAAAGUUGAGAGGGAAAGGAGUGCUCAGGUUAUAGAAGAAUUGCGUUGUGAAAUUGAACGGCUAAGAACCGCAGAAGAAAAUGCUCGGAAGCGCUCCCCAAGUAUUGAUCCUCAGAAUACACAGUCUGCUGAACUUCAAGCAACUAUUAAACAGUUAAGAGAAGAGAAUAAAAACUUGGUUGAACAAGUUGAAGAUCUUCAAGCACAGUUGUUGCAUUCUCGAUUAGAGGAAGGUCGUGUGCUUGUUACUGCUACAAAUAACAACUCCCUUGCAGCAGAAUUUGAGGCCAUGAGCAGUGAAGAGGGUGCACUCUAUGGCAGUGACACAGUCGAAAAGCUCAAGAAAUCUUUGAAAGAUGCUCAAGAGGCCAAUCAACACCUUCGUGCAUACAUCGAUGGAAUUCUUCUUAAUAUUGUUGAAAAUUACCCACAACUUUUAGAAGUUAAACAGAAGUAAUGUUUUAAAAUUUCAUAUGAUACUUAUGAAUGUUAUAUUUUAGACCUGUUUUUAGAAUUUUACAGUAUUUUUAAAUUUCAUUUUGAAAAGCAAUGAAUACUCAACGUUCUAUCACAGUAGCUAAUUGCAACAGGCUAUUUGCUUUUUUAUUUUAUUUUAUUUUUUUUUUGGGGGGGGGGGAAGAGAGAGAGAGAGAGAGAGAGGAGUUAUCUUAAUCUGUUACCCAAUAGCGAGAAAUUGUAUGUAAUCAUCUAUCUUUAUUCUACCACAUUUACAGACGUGGUUUCUAUUGUUGGGCAAAGGGUACUAAAACUGGAAGUACCAAAGUUGUGUUUUUCUGGUUAUUUAGUAAACCAUUGCCAUAGUCCAUUUAUACUGUUAUUUUGUCACAUUAUACUUAAAAGAUUAGUAAUUAUGCUAAUAAUCUGAGGUUUUAAGAAAAAUGAAAAACAUUUUCAAAAAAAUAGUUUCCAGUUAUAUUGAAGCAUGACAAUUGACUUGAUCAAGAUCUAAAAUGGCUGUUUAAUGCAGUGAUUAUACAGAGUAAGGCAUUUACUUUAAAUCCCCUUUUGUUAAUUAAUUUUAGAAAACUUUUUAUGGAGGGUAUGGAAGGUAAAUUGUGAAACAUUGGUUAAACUUUUAUUAUUCAGUAUUAAAUACAGUUUAAAAGAACAUUGUGAGCCCUCCAGUAAAUUCUUCAUCAUAAUCAUGAAUGAGUUUUGCUGGGGAAAAUUUGUUUUUACUACUGUACUGAAUCAAAUUAUUCUAGUUAAAUAUACAAGUCACUGUUCUUAAAAAUACUGUAAUGCAUUUUCCAAUAUAUCUGAGACAGAGGGUACUUUUUGAAGUUAUAUUUUUGCAGAUUACAAAUUACUGUAUGUUUGUAAUAUUUUAGGAAUACUACUCUGAGGUGAGAAAUAGCAGACUAAAGAUGCUGGUAAGUAGGCAACAACUGACAUAGCAUUAAGCUUUUUGUUGAAAAAAACUGACUCCCAUCAAUAUUGUUUUAUAUUUGUGGCAAUGAUGGCACAAGUAUAUUUUUUUAGCCUUUGUAAAAAGUAGGGAGUUUCAGGGUUUGAGAUUAUUCUGGUAUGAUUGCUGUUAAUUAUGGUAUCAAAUGAUAGCAAAGAUGCUGAAAAUGAACUGAGACUAUACAAAAUUUAUAACAUUUUUCCAGGACAGCUUUACACUUCCUUGAAAUAGUGACUGCAUACACAAGGUACAAUCAUUUACCACACUAGGGGGUGAAAGACCCUUCUUACGGAUUUAAUUCUGAGCAGUUCUCGUAUUAAACUUUAGUGGAAGAGGAGUUAAGCAGAAGUAAGCAGAAGUGUCGAGUUAGAUAAGUACAAGAAUAUUUUGCCUGUUAUGAAAAAGUAGCAAUACUAAAAGAUCACUACAGAUUCAUGGACCAUAUAUAAAUAGGGCCUUGGCAACACAAUCUAGGUUAAGAGGGGCAAAUACUCUCUCCCUGAGUGCUACAACCAAACUAAAUUACUAAGUUAGCUAAUAUAAUUUGGCAGAUGCAAAGGGUUUAAGGAAGGCAAUUCACCUGUAGAUAGAUAUUAGGAAGAUCUACAUAUUAUAUAUGGAAGAUGGGACAAGUAAACUUGUAGUGGUGGUAUACUACUGUACUUAACAUAUUCAGGCUCUGAAGACCCACUCUGCCUAACAAUUUGAGAGAUUUGGUCUCUUAAGAAAGAAAAACUUGGAAGGAGUCCUCCCUAUAGGUAUUAUGGAAUAAGGUUUGCAAGGGUAGACAGCAAGGUUUUUGGGAACAGUUGGAAAAAAUCCUCUUCCAUGUAAGGUAGACAGUAUAACCUUUAAGCAUGAAACUGGAGUGUAGACCUGUUGGCAAGAAAAGUAACUCAUAGUAAAUUAUGAUGAGUACUUUGGUAGAACAUUUAGGAGAUGAGCCCAUGGCAAACACAACAUUUUUGGAAAGGACCAUUGGGAUUAAUUUUGACAAGUGACUUUGCUCAGAGGUCUUCAGGGACCUCAAAGAAAGCUUGGAUUGGAAAGGGUAAAUGUGUGAACAACACUACUGUGGAACCACAAAGAUACCUUAUAGCCUACCAUGCUAAGGAAAUUUUUGAAACUACGUUGCAAACACACACGGAUGGGGUGAACCACAGAAUCAAGAUUUUUAAACCACUACAUGGAUGGGGUGAACCACAGAAUCAAGAUUUUUAAACCACUGUGUUAAAACCAUAUGAAGGCUAGCUGAUGAUCCUUGCAUAAGAAGUCCAAACAUUUGGAAAGAGCACAUUGGUCCCUUAGGUAGCAUUGUCUAUUUGACUUGGAAGACUAUCAAAUGAACUCUAACCUGCUACCAAAUAGCUACCAGACCCAGAAAAAGAAUAACCUAUGCUACCCUAUAAGGUGAUGUUAAGGCUUGCUCAUUUGCUGAACUCUGUGAUGCCUCGUUCCACCAUGUAACAUCAGUUAACAAGAGGAAACCUGAAAUCUGGGAGUGUGAGGCAACAAUAAUCUUCAUGAUCUGAGGAAUAAGCAGAUUCUAUCGAGAAAUAGUAUACCUGGUAUGACCAAGAGGAGCUGAAACCAAAAGGAAUUAAUUUCUUGAGUAAGGACGAUGGCUAGUAGUUUUCAUGGAAAAGAAGUAUAUCAACCACCUCAGAAGGAAGUUCAUCACCAGACCUUACUAGAGAGAUGCAGUUGAUUUCCCACUUCAAGAAAAUAGUUUGCUUACAGAAUUUUAUCAUGAUUAUCUGAUGGAAGAUGUAAUAAUGUUGGGUGUCUGCACUGAUGGUGCACAUGAAUUAUUAAUGUAAUAUAAGCUGAAUGCCUUAGCAAUACAAACCUACGAUAAAAAAAAAAUGGCCAAAUGAAGACUAACGGCUCAGAUGUUGAAGCAAAGACUAAGUAGCUCAGAUGUUGAAGCAAAGACAAAGUAGCUCAGAUGUUGAAGCUAGUACAUCAAAAUUUGGAAGAUUUGUCCCUUCAUACAAGAAUGAGUUCUUGGGUAAAUGAGUACAAAUGUAUGCGUCUUAAAAGUCUAACAACCAUAAUGGCUCUGGCUCCUUUUAAGGAAGAUUAUGGGAUUCCUAGUCUUCAAGUUGAGUUGAUUGAGCUCAAAAUAAGACUAGUAACACUUUCAAUAAAAGCAGAAACCUAGGACAGUCCAAAAGUUUAUUUUGAGUUUGCACUUUUUGUAAGUGGUUUCAUAAUAUCAGAGGUAAUCAUACAUGAUGUAGACACAAAUGACUCCCAAUUGAAGAGGUCACCAAAGAAUGAAUAACCGAGCCUCAGUUAAAUCUAGCAAUAAAUAUAUGUAACAACUGAUUUUGUAUGACGAUACCAACCUUAAGUACAGAACAAAUCCACACCAACAGCACAUACACAGUAAAAGUAGUUCUCUAAAUCGGAAAGAACUUGACCAUCCUAGGAAAGAUCAUGAGGUUCAACAAAAACCAGUUCUCCCAUUUGGCUUCUCAUCACUGCCAGCUUUUAUUUUAAUUCUUGGUGACUGGAGGAGAAUCUCUUGAUAAAGGCAUGAUUUAACAGUAUGAUCACUUAACAUCAGUAAUAGAGCAGCAAGGUCAAAAGGGGAGAUAAAUUUACAUCCGAAGGUUAGCCAAGUAGUAUGUUGGGAUUUGUUAGAAACAGAGCAUUUAAUUGGUGGCAAAACAGUUUGUAAAGUUUGCUGUCAAUAGGCCUACAUUUGUGGUCUUCUUUUAAAUGCUUCAAAAAUAUAAAGUACUUCCAUCUGAAGUGGAGAGUACAGAAUCUAAAUGAAGAUUUGUCAUUAGGCCUCUUUGAAAUACUUCAAAAAUAUAAAUAAUUCACACUGAAGUGGAGAGUACAGAAUCUAAAUGAAGAUUUGUCAUUAAGCCUGUAUUUGUGGUCUUCUUGAAAUAAUUAAAAUAUAAAGUAAUUCCCACUAAAGUGGACAGUACAGAAUUGAAGGUUAGUCAAAACGAAUCUAAUAUAUUUAUUCACUAAUUUUUUUUUUACUAAGUAUGCAUGCAUAAUAGUCUGUCUAUUUUAGACGUAAGUGUUAGGCAUUAUUAUUUUUUUUCAAAGAGAAGAUUAACUAAAUGAAUUAAUCAGUCCACAUUACAGAAUGCAGAAUCAAAAAGUUGUAUGCAGGAAUUUUUACAUGAUUGUUUUUAACAGAGAAUUACUUUCGACAAUUGUACGAGCAAAAAUGCAAACUAACUAAUACCUACAGCAAGUGCUGCUACUGAAUUUUUUAUAUAUAUAUAUAUUUGAUGAAAAGCCUAGAACAUCUUUGGUAUACUCAAGUUGAAUAUAGUAUACUGUAUUAUUAAACUAAAGACAACACUGGUAGACUGUACAUUGUGGAAUGUAUAACUUUGUUUAUGCCAAGAGGUCUACGCCACAGAAGUGUCAGCAACUGCACAGAAGGACAUAUGGAUAAUGUACUGUGAUUUGUCGCGAUUAAUGGCCAAAGAAAUUUUUGAUGUUACAUUGCAGAUAGCAACUCCCCUACUUGUGCAGUAAAAUACUUGAAAUUUUGAAGAAUUUAUAAGAGUUAUACGGGACCAAAAAUUAUGCCAAAUGUUACACAAACUCUAGCUUAUAUAAAAAUGAAAACUUUAGACACUCAUAAAUUCAGUGCAGGAUUCUGUAUACUACCAUUAGCAGUGCAAAAAGGAAAAAAAUUCCAAGAAUUUUACUGUCUACUAUUAAAUUCUCAUGUUGAGUUUUGUACAACUAAAUAUUUUACUAUUGACUAUUAAAUCCUCAUGUUUAAGUUUUGCACAUCUAAAUAUGGAAUGUUCGUGAUGCUGGAUUGUACUCCUCACCCAAUAUUUGGUAUUCAUGACUCAUUAAAUGAACUCCUCCAAAUGCAUUCCUUCUUGAUAACUAGUGAAGCAUUGGAAAUAAAUAGAAAAAUUCUUGGCCUUCCAGAGUUAGGAUGAGAGUAAAACUUAGCCGUCUUAUGGUAAUUUGUGUGAAUUAGAAGUGUACGUCUUAAUUUUUUCUUAAAUUUAUGUAUUUUAUUAUACUACUGUUUACCUAUGUUGUGUAUAACACCCUGAUUAAUCUGUGAUAGCAUUCACUUCAUGCACAAAUCAUUUAUGUGCAUGAAGCUUUUACUUCCUGAAACUUAUUGCUUUAAUAAUCUUGUAUGUUGAUAAAUAAUUUCCAUUCGUAUGGUAGGUUUUGUACAUUUACUUUAGUUAAUGCUCGUAGACCAUAUAUUUUGUGGAACCGUCCAGUUUUAUUUCAUAUUUAUUAUUCGACAUUGUGAACAGCGCAAUUUAGUCUUGAAGGGAGGAUUUUUGUGUAAAUGGUCUUGAUUCAGUGUGUAUAUAUUGUACAUAGGUAUUGUGUUAACUACAGUGUAACCCCAAGAGAGAGAUUGACCUGUAAUAAUCUUAUAUCUGUCAACUCAUGCUUGUUUGUAUGAAAGAAAUGAUUGAAUAAUAUAUUUAUUUUGUUGA